CGCAACAAGAAUCAUCAGCAGCAGAACACACGCACACCAGACCACAUACGCUCACACCUCGACCGCCCCGCGUACCCUCGUUGUCGCAAUCUUCCCCGGUUUCCCGGUUCCCCGGGCUCCCCCUCCUAACUCUCCCACGCAAACUCAACUUUACUUAGCUUGGCCCCCAGACCAGAACCCGACCUUGCCGACACAUUCCCAAAACCGAGUCCGCGUAUGCUUUCACAAGCACGCAGAGUCUAGACUCUCCCGCCCGCCCGCCCGCCGAGCCUGCGUCCUGCACAACUUCUCCAAAAUACGUCGCACAACAUAAUGUCCUGACUCUGUCCGCCCUUCCCUGCCGAGUCAUGCCUGUCCAGUCCAAGCCCAUACCUGCCCUCUACACCGUCUACGUCCUCCGUUCUACGGUGCGCCACGCCUCUCUCUACAUCGGCUCCACGCCCAACCCCCCACGCCGUCUGAAGCAGCACAAUGGCGAGGCUCGCGGCGGCGCUGCUCGCACCUCCCGCCUAAGCCUCCGGCCCUGGGAGAUGGUGGGUCUGGUCUCCGGCUUCCCGGGCAUGGUUGCCGCAUUGAAGUUUGAGUGGGCACUGACCAACCCGCAUCUGUCUCUGCACAUCCCUUCAGCGUCGCGAAUCACUGUCUCGGCUGGAGUCAAGCGAAACGGCCAUCCUCGCCGGCCUCGAGCGAGUCUUUCUUCGAUCCUGUCCAAUCUACGGCUACUACUGAGCGUACCUAGUUUUCGUCGCUGGCCGCUGACAUUGCACUUCUUCGCAAAAGAUGUCCACAAGGCAUGGCUGCUGUCGUCUGUCGACACGGCCGAGCCUCUGCGAAACACUCUGGAUGUGGUCACUGACUUCGGCCCUGACCCUGCGGCAUCUUCAGACAACGCCGAGUGGGGCAUCCAUGCCUUACCUCUAGACUACACACCCAUCAAGGAAUAUGUUGAAAAGGGACAGUCCAUCACGACCUUUGAGAGAGAGGGCAACUGUGUCGUAUGCGCCGAGGCGCUCCCUCACGGCCAGGGAUUGCUGGCUGUAUGUCCGAACGAAGGCUGCGAAGGCGUCGGCCAUCUGUCAUGUUGGAGUCGUCAUAUACUCCGCAAUGAAGGCGAACAGCAAGCGGUCGUCCCCAUUCAGGGUCGUUGCCCCCAGUGUGGGGGCCAUGUCCGGUGGGCCGCUAUGAUGAAAGAACUGACGCUGCGGGAACGGGGCGCGAAAGAGAUCGAUGCCCUUCUCAAGAAAAAGAAGCGGCGAACCAAGUCUUGAUAAGAUCCAGAUGGAUCCAGAUGGAUCCAGAUGUGUCAAUGAUGGAUCUGCAUUGCAGAUUAACCUGCGAUGCAACAUCUCGGUUGGCCCGUGAAUCCAGUUUGCUCAAAACGCCCCGAGUCAGACUGGAUUGUCAUGAUUCGGAUGACCA